CUGAAAAUGUCAUGUCCCAACAAUGUGACUCCCAACUCGUUUUUGAUGGACUCGUUGCCCAGUACCUGCCGGGGAGAGAAUUAUUCCUCUAGCCAAGGAAUGUACAUGCAGCCCGCGAACGACUUCAGCUGUGGAGUGAUGAGGAACUGUGGGAUCAUCCCGGCUCUUUCCAAAAGAGACGAGGUGAACCACGCCGGCGGGCUGUCCCUCAGCACCUACCCUCCCUACCUGUCUCAGCUCGACGCCUGGUGUGACCCCAAAAGUACUUACCGAGUCGAGCAACCUGUUGCCAGGCAGCUGCCCUCCUGCUCCUUCCCGACCACUGUCAAGGAAGAAAAUGCUUGUUGCAUGUACAAUGCCGAGAAGAGGGCGAAAAGCGCCCCCGAGGCCACCCUCUACCCCGGGCAGAUGCCUGAAGCUUGCCUCGCUGACCAGGAGGUCCCCCUGCCCAGCUACUACCGCGCCACCCCGGGCUAUUCCUCCCUGGAGAACGCGCCCAGCGGCGGCAGCCCCAGCGCCUUCGAGGCCACUUUUGAACCCAGGGCGGGUCUCAGCCAGCCGA